AUGGCCGACUACUCCAUCUACCAACGCGCAGCUGGCCAGACCUUCUAUCCACAACACGCACAAGCCAUUCGCAAUCUCCAGAGCCGAGUCCGCUCACCCACCAACAGCGGCCGCAUACCGUUUAACAACGCCGAUACCCCUUCCCCAUCACGCUCCCCCGGACGCCAGUCGUCGCCCCAGCAGUUCGGAAUGUUCAACCAGGGUCAUGGGCACCAGACCCACAAUGUCAUGAUGAAUGGAAGGGCUGGCCAGCAAAACUAUUCCAUGCAAAUGAACCUCGGCAAGCCCUUCCAACAUAAUCAGCACCAUCAGCACCAGAACCAACACCACCAGCAGCACCAGGAAUUGUCCGGGAGCCACCAUGGUGGGCAAUACAACCACCAGCACAACAUCUCAAGCGGAGGCAUGUCCAACGUGCAGCCCCACUUCACCCCAAGCCACUUGCAGAAUGGAACGCCGAACAGUGUGCAUAGUGGACUUAGCAAGCCGCCAAACGAACAUUGGGCAGAGCAAUUGCGGUUGGCCCAGACUGCGCGAGAGAUGACCCAAUCGCACUCGCACGCAAGAAUCCACCCGAGUGUCAGCAAAAGCAUUGUGGCAGGCACGACCAACGGGAUCAAGGAUCCGGACAAGGAAGAGCGCAAUAGGCCUGCAGCUCAGCAAGCAGGAGAUGGCAAAGACCAGCACAUAUGGACAAUACUUGACUUUGGCGGACAAAAUCUCAAAGUCAUUACCCCUGCGCUCUUCAACUACACUUUCCUAACGAAGCUCUAUAUCAAUUGCAACAAACUCACCUACAUCCACCAGAACAUUGGCCAACUACGCAACCUCACGCACCUGGAUCUCUCCCUGAACAGUCUGCAAUAUUUGCCUCCCGAGAUUGGCAUGCUCACAAAUUUGAAGCAACUGCUACUGUUUGACAAUCAUAUUGAACAACUCCCUUAUGAGCUAGGGUCCUUGUACCAAUUAGAGAUGCUCGGCAUCGAAGGCAAUCCUAUACCGGACGAUCUCAAGCAGAUCAUCAUGGAACAGGGGACCGCGGAACUCAUCAAGCAUUUCCGUGAGAAUGCUCCUGGUCCUGAAGCGCCACCAGAGCGAGACUGGAUAGUGCUUGACGAGAUUCAGGACUCCCAGCAGGAGACUGUGACGGCAUUGAGUUACAAUAUCCUUUGUGACAAAUACUGUACACAAUCGCAAUAUGGUUACACGCCCAGUACAGCACUGUCGUGGGAAAGCCGUAGGGAACUAAUUCUGGCGGAGCUGCGCGAACGCAACGCGGACAUUGUGUGCCUGCAAGAAAUCGACCAGGACAGUUUCAAUGAGUUCUUCCGCGAAGCGCUGGCACACAAUGAUUACAAGGGUGUCUUCUGGCCAAAAUCUAGGGCGAGAACCAUGGCAGAAAGAGAGGCCAAGCUUGUUGAUGGGUGUGCUAUUUUCUUCAAGAACAGCAAGUAUAUCUUGCUGGACAAGCAGCUCAUUGACUUUGCCAAUACUGCCAUCAAUCGACCCGAUAUGAAAGGAGAACACGACAUCUUCAACCGUGUCAUGCCUCGUGACGACAUUGGUGUCGUAGCAUUUUUGGAGAACCGCGUCACCGGAUCCAGGUUCAUUGUUGGUAAUGUACAUGUGUACUGGAACCCUGCUUUUACGGACGUCAAGCUUGUUCAGGUUGCCAUUCUCAUGGAAGGCAUAUCGAAGUUGGCCAACAAAUGGGCCAAAUUUCCUCCAUGCAAAGACAAGGUGGUCUAUCGAUUCACGAAUGGCGAUAACGAAGAGGGCAAGGAACUUGAUCCCAGCCAAGAGCCGGGGCCGUCCAUGGAAUACUCGGAUGGGUCUCAGAUCCCCGUUAUCCUAUGCGGUGACUUCAACUCCUUGCCUGACUCUGGAGUCUACGAUCUCAUCACGCAAGGUACCAUUUCCAAUACGCACUCGGAUCUCGGGAGUCGGAAAUAUGGCAACUUUACAAGAGAUGGCAUUUCACAUCCGUUCAGUCUCAAGUCGAGUUACGCGGCGAUUGGCGAGCUGGCAUUUACAAAUUACGUGCCUCAAUUCAAGGGCGUCCUCGAUUACAUCUGGUACUCGACCAACACACUUCAAGUCGUCGGCCUCCUCGGCGACAUCGACAAGGGCUACCUUCAGCGCGUGCCCGGCUUCCCCAACUACCAUUUCCCUAGUGAUCACGUGGCUCUCUAUGCGCAAUACAUUGUCAAGGGCCGAAAGAAGGACAAGAAGAUAUCUGAAGUGGAUUUUGGACCAAGCAGUGGACGAGACCGGAGAUCUUGA